AUGAAGACCCCAGUUGACAAACAAUGGAAGCAGAGGACAUCUGGCAUCAUGAAGAAGGCACAUGGCAUGCACUGGACUUUCGGAGUCAAAGUGGCCCUCUACCUGGAGCGAGACGGUGAGCUAUUCGUAUACCGCUCUCAUGAAGACUUUGCCUGGGAAGCAGCUACCUUCCUGGCAAAGCAAAUCCUAACUCCCAACGACUUCAUAACCCUUGCACAAGACAUGAGUUCCAGGCGGGCUCAGCAGUCCACCCCGCUUCCAUCAUCAGAGCAGGGUCCGCCGCAGACACCAGUUUCCUCGUCAAUUCCCACGCCAGUUUCCACGCCAGGUUCCUCAGAAUGUUCAGUCACUGGUUCUAGAGCACCUCGUCGAACAAGGUCACAUGCGACAACGCUCUUUAACAUAGCAAACUAG